AUGAAGCGAGUUCGAAACCGGACCUUCAAGCAGCAAACCAAGCAGCCGCCCGAGCCAAAGUACCAGCGGAUGGCCGACAUCGAGGAUCUGGACGCGCUUAAGAAGAAGAAGAGCCUCCUCUACUUCAAGCUCAAGGAGAUCCUCAAGCUCGAGAAAGAGAAGCAGGCGCGGGGGCACGCAGCCUCCCCCCCUAGCGCAGCCGCGGCGGCGGGCGGCGUGGUGGACAGCGCUGCCGAGGGCGUCACCGACGAGCAGCAGCUGGGGCUCUGCCUCACACCCCUGCGACUGCGACGUCUCAGCCCUGGCCUCUUCUAG